AUGACAUCAACUGGAAUGUUCGUGUCACAGCUCGGUCACAGAGAUUAUGAUCAUCAUGAUACAACGCAUCGACCUCAUCAACCACUAGCAAACUUGCUCAGGAUAUUCAAUGAUGAAGAACAAAUGAAUGGCAAAUUGGAAGUGGGAAAGAAACGCAAAGUGGGUGCAAUGCUUAGUUACACCCAGAAAAAAAAGAAAAAUAGAGGGAAAAAUAAGAAGCAUAAAGGUGCGGAUCUACCCGAAUAUGAGGUAAAAGGUAUUAAUGAAAAAUGGAUGGGAUAUUCUAGGACGUUCCGUACAGUGUACAAAAGAAUUAUUCAUCUUGAUGAUCUCAUUUCCCGUACAAUUAAAGCCCGCGCAAAUAAACGUAAUCAUAUGCGUCGUGCUCAAAUCCGCAUUCGACAAAAAAUCCAUAAUCUCAACUGUACGGAAAAUGAUGUCAUGGGCUCAUGGAAGAUUUCGGGAGAGGCUAAUUUCAAAGGUAGAGAGUUUGGAAAAGAAGUUAAGAUAGUUGAGGAGGCAUAUACCAGACAACAAUUUUUCAUCAUCGUUGAACCUGAUUAUGACAUUCUUCAAUUAAAAGAGAUUAUCGAAAAAUUAAUCGGAAUCUCAAAAGAGGUUCAAGUCCUUUACUUUUUUGGGGAAAUAUUGGAAGAUAACCAUACCAUCUCAAGUUAUGAAAUCCAAAAAGAUUCGAUUCUUCAUUUAAAAUUUAAAAAUGAAAGUAAAAAAUGUUUUACUAUUCUUUAUUAUGAUCCCAAAUCUAAAAUUACGAAAGAAACCGUCGUCAAAGUAAAACCCAAAAUCACCAAAAUCAAAGACGUGUUAAAACAAAUUCCAUUAAAAAAUGAAAAUUUACGUUUAUUUCAUCUCGGUCAAGAAUUAAAAGAUGAUUAUACAUUUGAAUAUUAUUCAAUUGAUAAUAAUAAUUCAAAAAAUUUAUAUUGUCGACAAAAAAUUAAAGUAUGCUUAGAUUCAUCCGAUUGGCAUGAACAUACCGAAGUUUAUAAGAAUUCAAGUAUCGGUGAACUUUUUGAUAUCAUUCAACAAAAAAAAGGGAUUGAACCCGAAAGGCAAACAAUUUAUUUUAAAGGUGAACGAUUGAAAAUUGGGAAAGUCUUGACUGAUUAUGGAAUUGGAAUGAAUUUUGGUCUUUACGUAGUUAUUCAUCCAAAUUCGGAUGUCUUUAAUGUUAAUUUAAGAGAUCCGAAUGGCGAAAUUAUUCCUGUGAGAGUGACUUCGAAUACUUCCGUAUAUGAAUUAAAAAAUAUGAUUAAACGUAUAGCCGUCGAUUACCCGAUACCAAAGCAAAGAAUUAUUUAUUGUGGGAAAGAAUUAGAAGAUGGACAGAAGUUAAGUUAUUAUGAUAUUCAAGAGGAAAAAAUUUUUCAUCUUAAAAUGUUUAGUCUUUGGGAUUAUUAUAAUCACGCAAAUGAUGAAAAUGAAAUUGUUGGGAUAGGAUAUCUUAACUCUAUCAAUAUAAUAUAA